AUGACCACUUCAACUAUCGCCUCAAUCUUGGUUGCAUGUAUGUUAACACCGACCUGGGCCUUGCAAGUCUCACCCAACUCGGCGUGCGCAUCUGUUUGCGUAGACAGUCUACCCGCAGAUUUCUCCGACCCAAAUGUUUCGAACACCGUGGGUUCAGACAUUAUCUGCAGUGAUGACAAUUAUGGCCACACUUCCGCUGGUACCAAAUUCCAAGGUUGUUUGACCUGCCUGCAAUCCAGCACAGCAUCUGGUGGAAAUGAGAACGAUCAGGGAUGGUAUUUCUACAACCUUCGAUAUGCCUUCAGCACCUGCAUUUUCGGUACCGCCAAUGCCUCGGACUCGCUGUCCACCCCUUGUGCCUCAACUUCCGUGUGUGGACCACUCCGAAAAGCUCUCAAUGAUGGCAUGGGAACACCUUUGACAAGCGGCCAGUAUUCAUACUGCUCAGCAUAUGACAAUUCAUUCUUGGGAUCUAGCCUAGGUACCUGCCGGGACUGUCUCAAAUCCAACAGCAAUACUAUUUACCUCUCAAACUUUCUCACCGCCUUGCAAGCAGGCUGCAACCAAAGACCGCCCACUGGUUUUGCAGUUGGCUUGAACGAUACAAUCUUCUCGAAAAAUCAGGUCAAAAUGACCUUUUCAUCGUCUACCCCCAACAAGAAAGACGAAGGUGGUCUCAGCCAAGGUGCAAUCAUUGGAAUUUCAGUUGCAGGCGUUGUUGUGUUCCUCGUAUUGAUUGCAGCAGCGUUCAUAUGUAUAAGGAAACGCCGUACUGCAAGACGCUUGAAGCAGCUUCAAAGCCCUCUUGAUGAGAGAUUCGGAGCGGAAAACAUCACCGCCCCACAUCACGGAGCAUACAGCUCCCCACAGACCUCGCCCCCGCUCAAGGAGGAAGAACAUGUGCAAAUGUCGCGUGCUCCUAAGGUCAAAAACUUCAGUUUAGUGAGACAGCUGCCUCAACGAGCUGGAGAAUGGCAAGGCACUGGAAUUCAACCGUCACCUCACUCCACAAAUUCUUCCAGUCCUCCAAUGUACUCUCCGCCUCGUCCCAAUCAAGAGUCAAUACCUGCACAUCACGCUUACAUACCACCCGAGUACACGCCGCCAUCUCGUAAUUCAACAUCUCCUUUAUACUUCCCAACACCUCCAUCACCACCACAGCAACCACCACAACCAGUCCCAGCUACACAUCCCCAGCGACCCCAGCCUCCAGUAUCACUGGAUGCCACUGUGAAGAACACUUUGCCCUCAGGACCUCGAGCCUCAGUGGCUCGAAACGCAAGCAGUGCCUCAAGCGUUCUUGCCACUGGGCCCGGCGCAUCAGUGGCAAGGAACCAAAUGAACUCUUCCACAUCACUACCAAACUCCCACAGUCGAAAUGCUAGCAAUGCAUCAGCAGCACGUCCUGGUGGUUCUGCUGCUGCAAUGUCUCGGAAUCCAAGCACUGCAUCCAGACUGCAGACGCAAAAUCUGGGGAUUCGACGAGGAUUCGUCCCUAGUCCCGUCCAGAUCUCUGGCCCAAUUGUCAAGGUCGGCAAUAGGUUUGAGUCUGAUGAGCAGGCACGCAAGAAUAGAGAGAGAUUGUACAAGCAGGGAAUAAGCAGUUCACACUCACGAGACAAAGUGGCUGAAAGACCGAGUCCAGAGAGUGACACGAGUGAGGAGAUGUGGCCAGGAAGUUACUGA